AUGAGCAACGACGUGCCCACGCCCAUCUCCGACGACGAGGUGGUGGCCCUCGCAAAGGCUGCCUUCGAGCAGUCUCGCGACGACAUCAACCACCGCGCCGCAGAGACGCCCAAUGCCGCGCGCGAGCUGCAGUCGCAGCAGCCCGGCAUCACCAUUGACCUCGGCCACAAGAGCAUCGCCCGCCUGCCCGACGAGGUCAUCGAUGUCAUCCGCGCCGAGAUCGAGAGGCUUGCCCUCUCUCACAACCUCUUGACCACCCUCCCCUCGCGUCUCAUCGAGUGCAAGCGCCUCCGCUACCUCAAUGUGCGCUACAAUGCCCUGCGCGAGAUCCCCGAUUGCAUCCUUGACAUGACAUCGCUCGAGAUCUUCGAUGUUAGCAGGAACAAACUCCGAUCCAUACCGCCCAAGAUCGCCAAUCUCGCUUCGCUGAAGGUGCUAGCUAUCGCGAAGAAUCGGAUAGAGGAACUCCCCGUGUGCCUGGGAGAGAUGAACAGUCUGCAGGUCUUAAAACUCGACGGUAACCAGCUGGUAUUCCCUCCGCCGGAUGUCUGCACAAUCAAAAGCAAUGCCCCGUCGCCCGCGAAUGAAAACGAGCGAGACGCCGUUAUUUCAACCCAAGUGAAGAAAUUCAUGAGGCAGCACGCAUCCAAAGAGAAGCAGCGUGUGGAGAUGGAUCGCUUACGGGUCGAAUCGUCUAGCGACGAGAGUUGGACCGAAAGCAAUCCUGAGACACCGCGCCCAUCAAGGCGCGUCAAUGGCGGACGGUUUCCUGUCAAACCGAGCGUGAGCAAAAUAGAAGGUUUUCCGGAAAACCGCUCUGAUUCGCCUGGCAUGGCACCACCCAUCCCCUCGCGAUCACACUACCGCGUAGCCUCGCAAACACAGUCAAAUGGACCAUCUCGAAGACCUCAAAUCUCCCCGCUCAUCUUGACCAACGGUUCCACCGGCUCAAAUGAGCGCAAUCGAAGCCAAAGUGAGGGUGGAGGCUCAGGAUCCUCUACCCACCGCCAGAAACGCAUGGGCAUCUACACCAAGCAGACUCCUGAGCUCGGGGCUGUAGAUGAAUUGAAGAGAACAAGCCACUUUCGGGGUUUCAGCCAGGGUUAUCUUGUGCCUGGCAACAACCUGGCCAACGGCUUGUCAGGUCCAGCCACAGCUAUCGGCUACGGUGACUCUAGCACUAUGCGACCCCCUGGCCAACCGUCCGCUCUCUGA